CAGAAAAUAAAAAUGUCACAUCAAAAUGUUUUUUAGGCAAUGAUGAGUAAAGCUUAUCAUGAGUAAUAUAAAGCAGAGGUUAAAAAGUGCGUACGAAAAUGUGGAAUUUUUUGCAAACACAACUUGGUCUUGUUAUGCUCAAUCAUAUCAGAAAGCAAAUCAGGAAUUGUAUGCUCGGGAGCAGAAAGUUCAAGAGAAUUUGAUGAGCCAAAAACCGUACCCGAGGACCGUCCAGGAAUGUAUCCCCCAGAGUCGUUUGGCGCAACUGUGCAACUUCGAAUACAACGAUUCCCGGGAAAUAUCGUACGCUUCGAGCGUUAGCGACAUAAACUUCUACUAUCCGUGUAUUUAUAAAAGGGGAAGCUGCGUGGAACCGUGGAUGCUACCGGAAACCGAGCAGCUUUUUGUCUGGUUCGCACACUCACAAAACCUCGGAACCAUCGAUUCGUCCACAUUCGAACUGAACCAUUUGGACGAACCGUCGAAAAAUUUAGAACAGAUUGACGAUUUUCACAAAAUUAACGCGAUAAUGCACGAAAAUAUCGAAAAAGCUCCCGGGGAGUUUAGGUAUACGUCGGCCAAACCUCUAAGUGAAGAUGAUCUGACCAAGUACAAACCGGCACUCUUCAAGGUCGACACAUUUGAUGAGAUGAUUCUCAAAAUGCAAAUAAGUCUAGAGAAAGUAAAAAAAAUCUGGGAUGAAGAUGACAACAAUUCGAAAAAUGUUAACGUUGAAUCGUCAUCAGAAAAACAACUGAAUAUUUUCAAAUCACCCCUCGGAAAUUUUAUAGUAUUCGACAAUUCACCACAGUCUAAAGUUAAGACCGAAAAAAGUAGUUUGGAUCAAAAUGAAGCAGUGCAUAUAUGCAACUUAAGAGACGAAUGUUUUGCUAUGUUAGCGGAUGCAAUCAAGCCGUUACAGCUUAUGAUGGAAGAGAAAGGAUCUCUAGAUGACAAUCUGGUGCCUAUGCUCAACGUUAACAUGGAAGAAAUGGCCAGCCCAGCGAAACCCAUUAAUCUGCCUGCACGUCGUCUGUAUUCUGCCGUUGUUCAAGGUCUCUAUUGCGACAGUCACGCCCCAAACAGGGUCGAAAUAAUACCUCUCGCCCCCCACAACAUCGCUAAACACAAAGAGCCAUCAGUGGCCUAUUCAGAGAACACGGGCCGGAGUAUUUUCCCCAUUGACGUUCCGAUAGUUGAUCGCGAUUCAAAAUCGACGUUCACGAUAAACAGGAAGACGAGUCCAAUUUCACAACCCGCUCCUCCGAACUACUGGUUGGCCCAAGAAGAAAUUCAAACUUACGAUCACGGAAAACCCAACAUUACCAACGAAUCGGCAAAUCGAAGUAUCGACGAUAACUGCAACAGCAGCAUCAGUUCGAGUCGAUCGAAUUUUACGAAGGUUUCACUGAAGGAGAGGCAGAAGGCAGACGCGGCUUCGUUUAAAACCAACAACAACAACAACAACAACAACAAUUCCGAUUGGAAUUAUUCGUUUAGUGAUCUCAAAGAUAACUUCAUCAACGAAAAUCAGUACAACGUUCCCUUCUCGUCUGCGAGUAAAUCAGUUAAUCAAUCGAAUUACUCUUCUUCGUGUAACUUUUUCGGAAACGACAGCUUGUCGUCUACAGUGAAUCCGAACAAUCGACCGAUGGGAGCAGCUGCUGGUUACAGCGACUGUUCGUAUGCCAACGUCAAUAAUAAUAAUAAUACUAAUAAUAAUAGUCAAUUCAACUGCUCUUCGAAUUUAUUCAACCAGGUGCCAAGUAACACCCUUUUCGGUUAUUCCUUGGCCGACACAAACUUGUACGGGAACGCUGCAAAUCAAAACACCACCGCCCUUGCCCGGAACGCGUUUCCUCAAUUCCUCCGUCAAAACUAUUGCGUUUCCCAGCAGCCGCAAUCCACAUGGAUCACCCAACGAUUGUCUCACAUUUGCAACGUGCCCCAGUACCAAAAUCAACCCUACAUAUUCAUGAACCCGUCGGCAAUAAGAUCGAACACGCGAUGGAACCAGAAUCAACAGUUCAUGCGAUCGUCGUUGUCGCAACCGUAUCAUCACGUUCUCCUCAAUUCCCCUCAAACAACGACCACGACGCCACAUUGGAGCACCCAGAUGUGCAGUAUUUGUAGGGGACAUUCGAUCCAUAAACCGUCCUCUCCCCCCAUGCAGUAUUACGAGAACGCAUCAACGUUCCAGAACAAUCGAAUCAAACUCAAACAAAAAAAGUAUUUCCCCGGCAACGUCUCGGAGUCUCCCAGGAGUUCGUCGUUGUCCUGGGCGUAUCCUCCCACUUCGGAUAAUAACGACAAGGAGAAGCGGAACGUGUGGGAAUGCAAAAGAUACGGGAGUAAUUCCGGCAACGUCGGACCAACCACCGAGUCCGAGAAAAAUCCGUUCAUAAAAACGGCCGUGUCAAGUUCCGUUUUGGAAAGAAGCCUAAAGGUGGACAAGAUCGAAGACGAACUUCAGAAAAGCGCUUCGACGUUGGCAAUAGCCGCUUCAAAUUUGAACCUGAAGCAGGAAGAAGUUUUGCCCGUCAGGAAAAGUGUUUCGGAAGAACUGGAAAAACUAGCGCUCGAACAAUAUCAGAGGUCAUCUCUCAAUCUCAUUAAGAGCACCGACAGUUUCUAUCAAGACAUGGAAAGACAGGCCAAAGAACAGUACGAAGGAGCUCCGGAAAACUUGAUGAGCCCCCCGAACUAUAACAUUUUUAUAUUCGGGGGGCUUGCGCCACAUUUUCAUCCAGAACCUCAUCUCGCAAUCACUUUGAAUAUGAUACUUUAUUGAUGUCAGUAUAAAUAAUUCAUACAUGUGUGUAUAAAUAAAGAGUUAAUAUUUA